UGUUGUUUCCAUGUUGGCUCGCGUAGGUCUACAGUUUAGCAUACAGCGCUGCCGCCAUGGUAGAGCCAAAAUGGCGUCAGUUUCACGCACUCUUCCGUCAGUAACCGUGGGUGUGCGAUAAUCUUAUUGGCUCAAGAUGUUCCGAAUUGAUGUGCACGCCAGCCAAUCGGGUUUAUCAGAAAUCUCAGUCCUGCCAAUGAGUGCCAUGAGGGCGUAACAUGUUUGAAAGUGUAUCCAAUAUGACAGAAGGGGAGGGUUGGUGCGCUUGCAAAGGUAGGCUGCAGUGCGUGUGUGUUUAUUGAUGAGAUGAAAGAAGAUGGAAGUGAGAAAUGAAACAAAGUAAGGAAAUUUAUUAAAACACACUAAAAAAAAAAAAACGUGUGUGGGGGGAAAGAAAACCGGGGAAGAUUAAAACACCGCCACCACUGGAGCAGGAACCGAGGAGGGGGUAGAAGACAGCAAUAAUAGCCUACAUACGUCAUUUUGGAUUCAAGAUGAAGGUUUUGCCAUUGCAGAAUCACCUAGGAAAGACCAGAGUUGUUGUUUUUUUUUCCCAGUGUGUGUUGGGAAGUCUUACUCUGAUGCUGAUUCUGAAGAACCAAACACAAACCAAUGCCAGAAGCCAUCCUUGAUUGAAGCUGUCAUGGUCCUAUGAGCUACUUUGAAAAGUUGCAUAUCGCAAGAAUACGCAUCAACAAAGCAUUUCAGUAAAGUAAUUGUAAAUGUAUACCGCUCCAAUGAAGAUCUGCAGUAGACCCCGGACUGACUUGCCUGAAGAGUGAGGAACAGACCAAAAAAAGACUUGAGCAGAUACUCAUAAACCACAACAGCUGAAAGACAUUUGGUAUCUGCAGAGAAGAAUGAGAUUACUCACUGGGGCAGACACUGCACCACGCUGGUCUUCCUGUGCCAGCAACCUGUAGCUUUCCAACUGCGACUUCACCAGCUUCACAAACACAUACUCACCACAGCGUCAUCUGACCGUGACAUCAGUUGCAAGGGGAUGACCGAGCGCAUUCACAGCAUCAACCUCCACAACUUCAGCAACUCUGUACUUGAGACCCUCAAUGAGCAGCGCAACCGUGGCCACUUCUGUGACGUGACAGUUCGGAUCCAUGGAAGCAUGCUGCGUGCCCACCGCUGUGUGCUGGCUGCUGGGAGCCCCUUCUUCCAGGACAAGCUCCUUUUGGGCUACAGCGACAUUGAGAUUCCCUCAGUGGUCUCGGUGCAGUCCAUCCAGAAGCUCAUUGACUUCAUGUACAGUGGAGUGCUGCGAGUGUCCCAGUCCGAGGCCCUGCAGAUCCUCACGGCAGCCAGCAUAUUGCAGAUUAAGACUGUCAUUGACGAAUGCACGCGCAUCGUCUCACAGACCGGGGGCACUGGGGCCAGGGGGUACCCCCUGAUCCCUGGGGACUCGGGCCAGGAGACGCCCAGGGGAACACCGGAAUCUGGCACCUCUGGGCCCAGCAGUGAUGCCGAAUCUGGUUACAUGCAACCUCACUCUCAGCAUAGCUUGGACCGGAUCUACACGUCCUUGUACACCUGUCCCGGGAUCUCCAUGCAGAAUGGCACAGGAGAGCAGUCGUAUUAUGGAGGGGCGAUAGUAGGUAACUACGAAACGUCUCUGGCACUCCAAAAAGACCAGCACGUGCAAGAGCCUGCCUGGAUCACCCGCAUCCACGAAAGAACACAGCAGAUGGAGAGGUACCUCUCCACCUCAGAAACCACCCACUGCCGCAAGCAGCCCCGUCCAGUCCGCAUCCAGACCAUGUCGGGAAACACGCACAUUAAGCAGGAGGUAGAGGACGACUAUGACUACUACCAUCAACAGAGGACACAGGUCUUGGAGCGUAACGAAUCUGAAGAAUGCACUGAAGACACAGAUCAGGCAGAGGGUACAGAGAGUGAGCCCAAAGGAGAGAGCUUCGACUCUGGAGUGAGCUCCUCCAUUGGGACUGAGCCUGACUCUGUGGAGCAGCACUACAUGACUGUCUUCGGCAGAGAAGGCCACCAGGACAUCACGCAAACAGAACAAACUGAACUGACCGAACACACACAGCAGGUAGAAGUCAAUGACGACUCCUCACCUGAGCAGAUGAACGAUGUGGAUGCCGACACAGGGGAGUCUCAGAGCGGGGGGGACGUUACCAUGGUGAGCGAGAAGGGAUCUCUACAGCCUGUAGCCAAUCCCAUGAUAUCAAAGCAGGUGCCCAGCACCCAGCUUUACCUUCGCCAGCUCGAUGGCCUCACCAGCAACCUGAGAAUGCCGCUGACCCUGACCAGCAACUCACAGGUAAUUGGCACUGCUGGAAACACUUACCUGCCAACCCUGUUCGCCACACAGUCGGCGGGCAGCAACAAGCCCUUCUUGUUCAGCUUGCCGCAGCCCCUGGCUGGCCAGCAGCCCCAGUUUCUGACUGUUCCGCCACCCAGCUUGCCCCCCUUCUCCACCCCGCUGUCCGCACAGCAGCCCCCGGGGCAGCAAGCUGGGCAGAGCACAGCAAGUGGCCAAGGAGAGAAGAAGCCCUAUGAGUGUGCACUCUGCACCAAGACAUUCACUGCGAAACAGAACUACGUCAAACACAUGUUUGUACACACAGGUGAGAAACCACACCAGUGCAGCAUCUGUUGGCGUUCUUUUUCCUUGAAGGAUUACCUUAUAAAACACAUGGUGACGCACACAGGGGUGCGGGCGUACCAGUGCAGCAUCUGCAACAAGCGCUUCACUCAGAAGAGCUCCCUGAACGUUCACAUGCGUCUCCACCGCGGCGAGAAGUCCUACGAGUGCUACGUCUGCAAGAAGAGGUUCUCCCACAAGACCCUGCUUGAGAGACAUAUGGCCCUGCACAGCACAGGCAGUGGAGGCCCUGUGGCAGUCCCUGUCUCAGUUCCCGUCCUUAAGCCUGAACCCGGAGCUUUGGCUGGCACCGUCAUGGCCGGGGGCGCUAGUGUAGGAGUGGAAGAGGAAGUUGGAGUUGCAGCUGAAGCAGGCUGCCAAGAGGGGACCACCUACGUGUGCUCAGUCUGCCCUGCCAAGUUCGACCAAAUUGAGCUGUUCAACGACCACAUGCGGAUGCAUGUCUCGGAUGGAUAAGUAAAAAAAAAAAAAAAAAAAAAAAAACCUCUUGAGAAAAAAAAAAGAAAAUGGCACUAGAAUUUUUUUUUUUUCUUAUUUGGGGCAUGAAGAGUUAUGAGUUAUAGACACUGGCACAUUAAGUUACCCAGAGACAAGAUUUGUUGGUAUUCUUAAAAGAAGAAAAAAAAAAAAAAAAAGAUGGUGGCCUUAAGGCUAUGUAGUUUGUUAGUGGUCCACUGGCUGGAUCCUGGCUACAGGCCUCUAAAUGUAUCCUUUCUUCUUAAAGUGGUUUAUGUGUUGAACACUACAAAAGGCCUACUAUCUCUAAAAAAGCAAACACGUAUAUACAUACAGUAAAAUAAAAAAAAUAUAUGAUUUAUUUUUUUCCCAUUUAAGACCUUUUUGGAUGCUAUAAAAGUCCAAGCUAACUGUGGUAUACAGGCCUCUUGAAAAGUACUUGGUUUGUACUUGGUUUCCUUUCUAAAGUAAUGAUGGUCACAAGUUUGCCUUUUAUAUAUAUGAUGAGAAGAGGAGCGUUAUCAGAAUGACACUGGGUUAUUAUUUAUUGUACUCCUGCAUCCAGCUGGCUAAUGGUAUAGAGGGAUUAAAAUGCAGCUGUCGUUAGGUACAAGACAAUUAUUACUUAAUUGUGUGAACAUGUUACUUAUUAAUUGAGGAUAAAGGAAAGAUGAAAAGUUGUGUUUUUCAUACAUGUUUGAUGGUUCAGAUAAAGUUUACUAAAUAGAGGUGUGUUUUUAUACAACAGUAUUUAGGCAAAAAUGUAAGAUUGUUAAAGAUUUUUUUUGGUUUUGUUUUGUUUUUUUGCAUACACUGCCACUAAUAUUUUAGAAGACUGUUAGGGCUGUUUGACCUCUUCCAGUUAGAAAAUGUGAGUUAAAAGAAAAAAUUGAAAAAGGAAGGUUAUAUGUUUUGUUUUUAUUAUUUUAUUUUUUAAGCAUAUUAAUGUUGUGGUCGUGACAGCUUUAGACUUGUGUAUGCUGCCUGGCAUGCUGUCACUUUUGAUUGCUGCUCCUGUUUAUUUUAACUAACUUGCUUCAUGCUGUUCUCGGCUGCUCUUUCAAUCAACAUUUUUUUUUUCUACCAGGGACAAAGAUCACAGUAAUAAUAGAUUGGAUUAGGUUAGAUUUAAGCAUUAGUAGGUUUUUAUUUAUUUUUUUGAGAAAUUUAGACUGCCCAGUUAUUUUACCCACGAUAUUUUCUCCACAAUUUAGAAUGUCUAAUCCCCUGCAUCGCAGCAAUUCUGCACACAGCUCAGGAAAACUGAAGGUUCAGUGGGUGCCCUUCAAUCCCACGACCAAGCCAGUGAGCUAACAGUGCUGCAGGUGUCUGCCUUAGUUCACCAGGCGCCUUGCCAGUAGGGUCCGCUGUAGCACGAUGAGGAAAAACAUCCCCUGCUGGUUUAGCCUUCCUAACCCGCAGGAGCGCCAGCUUAGCACCGCCAGGACGUGUGUGAACAAAAAAACAAGUCUUUGCCUUUUUAAACUGUUGUGUUUCCUGUCAGCAAUAAUCAUUGCACUGCCGUGUAAGUGCAGCAGGUGGUUGAAAUGAAAAUGCACUACUCCUGAUACGUUAGCACCACCUGAUGGCUCCAACAGCACAUGCAAAUUGUCCUGACAGAAAUGACAGAUGUUAUGUAAGAUGCAAGGCAAAAUAAGUAACAGCAAUCAAACAAAAAUGCUUGUUAAUACAGAGCUCCAAGUCAAGUCAACAAAUAUACCACCAGUUCAGAAGAAUUGAAACACCAUACAUCCCAAAAUAAGUGUGAGACAUGGAUAGUGAUUAGGGAAGCGGUUCAGAUUUCAGUGACUGGUGUAGUUUUCCUCUGGUGGUUUGAGUUGACGUGUUUCAGUCCAAGUAACACUGCUUCUGAUAAACGCCAUUAGCUGCAGCACCAAUCUGAGUAUUCGACCAUGUCAAUAAUGUAGGCUACAGUACAAAACUAGUCUAAUUUUACAAUAUUGGAAAUUAAAAAUUAGAAUUUGCAAAGCUGAAAAUCUAUGGAUAUUUAAAUAAAUAUCUGUCCAGAAACUUGAGAAGACUGCAUCUUUUCCUUAUAACCAAUAUAUAACCAAUAAGCGCACUACUGAUACCAGAGUUAUUGUAGUUUUUUAUUUUAUUAUUUAUCAUGUACGAUAUGUAGGCAUUAGUUUUUUGAAGUAAGAGCGUAUAA